GGGGCUUGGAGAAGCAAGGCAUGUAUUUUCAGCCGCACCUCAGGAGGGGAGAAUUCUGUCACCACCAGAGAGGCAACAGCCCUGAAAUGUGACUGCAGUUGAAGAGCUCAGCAGAGGCCCGGGAGUGUGCAUUGAGAGCUUGGAAUAUGCUGAAAGACCAAUGCUUUCCAAGGGGAAUUGAGGUGCCAGCUGGUCCACUCGAGAGUGACCCGGAGCAGGGGAGUCAGAAGACAGUUAGAGAAAGCAAGAGGGAUCCUUGGGGCUGACUUGGGUUCCAAGGGGAGGCUGCUGUCACAUAAUUGUUGCCGUCCUCUCAUGAUGGAAUGCUGCUGAGGGCCUCCACCCAGGGGAGCCUCUGGGACUGUGGAAGGAGCUGAGGACUCUUGGAGGUCUGACUGACCCCAAAUUCAUGCUUAGGACCUGCAGGGGUGUCAGAGCCCCGAUGUGCUUUCCCUCAGAAAGAUGAGGUCUCUGAACACCUCCACCAUGGAUGGGGCUGGAUUGGUGGUGGAGAGGGCCUUCUCCUUCCGCAUCCUCACAGCCUGUUUCCUGUCCCUGCUUAUCCUGUCCACGCUCCUGGGGAACACUCUGGUCUGUGCCGCCGUCAUCAGGUUCCGGCACCUGCGGUCCAAGGUGACCAACUUCUUCGUCAUCUCCUUGGCUGUGUCAGAUCUCCUGGUGGCUGUCUUGGUCAUGCCCUGGAAAGCAGUGGCCGAGAUUGCCGGCUUCUGGCCCUUCGGGUCCUUCUGCAAUAUCUGGGUGGCCUUUGACAUCAUGUGCUCCACUGCGUCCAUCCUCAACCUCUGUGUGAUCAGCGUGGACAGGUAUUGGGCUAUCUCUAGCCCUUUCCGGUAUGAGAGGAAGAUGACCCCUAAGGCAGCCUUCAUUCUGAUCAGCGUGGCAUGGACCUUGUCUGUGCUCAUUUCCUUCAUCCCAGUGCAGCUCAGCUGGCACAAGGCAAAAUCCACAAGCCCCUCAGAUGGGAAUGCCACCUCCCUGGUUGAGACCACAGACAACUGUGACUCCAGCUUGAGCAGGACCUAUGCCAUCUCGUCCUCCCUAAUAAGCUUCUACAUCCCUGUGGUCAUCAUGAUUGUCACGUACACGAGGAUCUACAGGAUCGCCCAGAAGCAAAUACGGCGCAUCGCGGCCUUAGAGAGGGCAGCAGUUCAUGCCAAGAAUUGCCAGACCCCGGCAGGUAAUGGAAAACCCUCUGAGAGUUCCCAACCGGAAAGCUCCUUUAAGAUGUCCUUCAAAAGAGAGACGAAAGUUCUGAAGACCCUGUCCGUGAUCAUGGGCGUGUUUGUGUGUUGCUGGCUACCUUUCUUCGUCCUGAACUGCAUGGUGCCCUUUUGUGGUUCUGAGGAGACCAAGCCCUUCUGCAUCGAUUCCAUCACCUUUGACGUCUUUGUGUGGUUUGGGUGGGCUAAUUCCUCCUUGAACCCCAUCAUUUAUGCCUUCAAUGCUGAUUUUCGGAAGGCAUUUUCAACCCUCUUAGGAUGCUACAGACUUUGCCCUACGACGAAUAAUGCUGUAGAGACCGUCAGCGUCAAUAACAAUGGGGCCGUGGUGUUUUCCAGCCAUCACGAGCCACGAGGCUCCAUCUCCAAGGAGUGCAAUCUGAUUUACCUGAUCCCGCAUGCCGUGGGCUCCUCUGAGGACCUGAAGAAGGAGGAGGCUGGGGGGAUAGCCAAGCCUUUGGAGAAGCUGUCCCCAGCCCUGUCUGUCAUAUUGGACUACGAUACCGACGUCUCUCUCGAGAAGAUCCAUCCCAUCACACAAAAUGGGCAGCACCCAACCUAAAGAGCACCCAACUCUGAGACAAAUCCUGCCAGAGCUGCUCAUCCCAAAAGCUAGAGGAGAUUUCCCUGGGGCUUGCUGUUAAGAAACUAAGGUAUGGUGAGACUCUGGGGUGUCAGGCAAGCCCUUCUCUGCUGCUCUCCCCCAAAACACAACCAACUGUAUUUUAAAGUACAAUCCAGCGUAUUAUCUGUGUUGUUCUUUGUGAAUCAGAGACACGCAGUGACACUAACUUUCACAAGGGAUGUGUCUUUGGCUCCGAAAUUGUUUCUAGCAACUGAUUCUUAUCUUAGGACUAAAAAAUAGGGCAAGACAUCAACAAUGAACAGUUUCACUUAAAAACUAAACCUUUCUGGGAAGGAAAUUAGAAGGGUUGAGUUUGCUGUGUACACAAACAGGUGCUAACACUGUUCCAAGCAAAAUUUUCAGAUUGUAAAGGUAGGUGCAUGCCUUCAUAAAACCUUUCUAAGAAAAUAAUUGAGCCUUACAGCAGGAAUGGAAAUUUUUGUUUUUCAGGAAUGAGAGAUGCUUUGUUGAUAUUGGUUUUAUUUAUUUAUUGUAUUAUAUGAAUAUUUUUAAUUUAUUAUGAUAAAUCUAUAUUUAUCUUAUUUAAUAGGAUAACCUAGUGAGAUCUCUGAGACCUUACAAUGACAUUUUUGUCCCUUUAAAGAGCACUUUAUAAGUCAAUGAAACAAACCCACUGACAUCGGAAAUUCUAAAUGCUCAUGUGUGACUUCUAGAAACACAGCAAAGAGUGAUAGGAAGUGGAGCUGUGAUGAGCCCUUAAAAUUUAUUGACAAAUAAAUAUGAGGCAAGCUUCUAUGAAUGUUCUUUUUUUUUCCUAAAAAGGUAAAUAAAAAUUAAAAAGAAAGCAUAGCUACUAUUACAUUCAAAAUUGUUUAUAUGGCAAAGAAUUUCCAGGAGAAUGAUUUGCAGUUGUGUAAAUAUCUUAAAUAAAAACUAGCUUAAGAAGAAUCCAGCUUCAUAUUUAAGACCUUAGGUGGUCAUAAAUAUAUGCCAUUUUGUAUUUAUGUAAAAUAAUUGGCCCCCCUCCAUCUUUUCUCAUUUCACCUGUCAGAUAGCUUUUCUGAACCAAAUGACUGUAUUGGUUAGGGAUGGAGAGGGAAGAUGGGAUUUCAGGAACUCUUGUUUCGUGACAGUCUCAUCAAAGGACAAAGCUCCAGCCCUGUGUCUUCUUUGUACCCAGGCCAAACCAGGCCACUCAGUGGGGCUAUUUUUUUUGUAGUGCUUUUAUUUGAAUUUAGAACUGAUUUUUUUUUUCUAAAGUCUUUAUGUGUUAAUGGUAUAUUGACCAAUGAAUAGUGCCUAGUUAUCUGCCUUGAGUAAGACUCUUCUGUUGGUGGAAGAAACAGGACACUGCAUCUUUUUGGGUGUGCUAAGCACCUCAAAGUCAUCAGUAUUUCCUUUGACAAAUGCUCGCCCUUUCUUUGUGCUUUGCCAUCAAGUUCCUAUUGUCAUCCCCUGGGCUGUAAAAAGUAUCCUAAGCCUCCAUUGCCAGAUACUAACUCACAUGGGGCACUUUGAGAGAGUUUUUUGGAAAUGUUUACAAAGAAUUCUUGUUGGUAAGCAAUUGGCUUUACAUUGAGAUGGAAUUGGUAACAGGAAAAAAAAUCCACUGAAAAUAUAUCCUGCAUCAGGUCUGUGUUAUUUUAUGUAUUUGUGAAUGUUUUCUUAAUUUUAUUGCCUGUAUGCUUUCAUACAUAUAAUAAACUUAUUUUGUGAACUGAAAUCAA